AUGGAACUGGAGUUGCCCAAUCUUCCUGAUGAGAUCAUCUUCAACAUACUCUCAAGACUACCCGUGAAGCCUCUGUGCCGCUACAAGUCAGUUUCCAAGCCAUGGCUCGCUCUGAUCACUGAUACCCACUUCAUCAAAUCACACCUCAAUCAUCAAUCCGCAAAAGGCAACCAGUCCCAGAAGGUAAUCCUCACCACAAGCGCUUCUCAGUCUGUCUAUUCGGUUGACUACCAAGCGCCCGACCACAACGUAGCCGAGCUCGAAGUGCCCUGUAAGUGUAAAUCUAAGGUUGAGAUUAUGGGUUCAUGCAAUGGAGUCAUACUCUUAGGUAUUGGCAAUGAAUUAUGUUUGUGGAACCCAUCAAUCAGAAUGUACCGAAAAUUUUCACAACCCGAGGACCCACGUGGGAGUGGAUGGUUUGGGCUUGGUUACGACUCUGUUAGUGAUGAUUUUAAGGUGGUUAGCGUUGUUAUCCAUUCAAGUAGGCCCCCUGGCGAUGUUUAUGUGUUCACUUUGAAACACAGUUCAUGGAAGUGGAUUGGAAACAUUCAUUACAUUUACAAAAGUUAUCAAAAGGGGGAUGGGACUGUAGUGAAUGGGAUGCCCCAUUGGCUUUGGAUACGCAGCAGUGAUGGAAGUUUCAUGGAUUCGAGUGUAUCUAAGGUGAUUCUUUGUUUUGAUGUUACUGAAGAGAAAUUCAAGGAGGUGCCGCAACCUAAUUAUGAACAUGGGUAUAUAAGUAUUGACAUGGGGAUUUUUGGUGAAUGGUUGUGUGUGGUUCACGAUCAUCACGGUCGUAAUGAUGUUUGGGUCAUGAAGGAAUACGGCGUCAAGGAAUCUUGGACCAAGUUGUUUGUUGUGCCAAGUGACCUUUCCCACUACUUUAAGCCUUUGUGCUAUGCAAAGGAUGAAAAGGUUGUAAUGAUGUUUGGUUGGGAUGAGUUAGUCAUCUACGACCCGAAAGAAAUUAGAUACACGUGCAUUGGGAUCCCUCAGGAUGGCGAGCUGUUUGACGUGGCUUUAUAUGUGGAGAGUCUUGUUUCACCACAUGGUGGCAACAACACUGCUAAUUAG